AUGGCACCACUCACUGAGGACGAGGAGCACGAGUUGGCUCAGCAAAUCCUCAACCAGCUGGCGCAGACGCCCUAUGCUUGUUCAGCCCUGACCAAGCUGAGCGGCGGAACAGCAAACUUCCUCUACCGUGGAGUCCUUCUUCGACCGCUCAAAGUAGAGGCUGAUACGAAAGCGGCGCAGACUGUCAUCAUCAAACGCUCGACUGGCUUUGCUGCCGUGAACCGGGACUUUCCUCUGGAUGUCUCGCGCUGCGUCUUCGAAGAGACUAUGCUCCAUGCUCUGGAUGGCCAUUCUUAUACUAUCAUCACUUCCAGUGGUCCUACCAUGGUUAUGGCUCCGCGAUGCUACAUGUUUGACCGAGAUACACACACUCAAGUGCACCAAGACUUUCCUGAUACUAUAGAUCUCAUUAGCCUCUUGCAGUCUACCAAUAUUGAACAGAUCCUACCUGGAUCUAGUAGCCGAUCAGUCGGCUAUGCUUUGGGUUCUUGGCUGCGCUUCUUUCACAACUGGACGUCUGAGCCGGCCCAAGCUGAGCUUAGGAAAAGCAUAGGGCCAAACGAGGGCAUGCGUCGGUUGAAGUGUCUUAUUACGUACGGCAGCUUCAUUGAGAUUCUGGAGCGCCACCCCGAGACUGUAGAGGGCCAUAGGGAGACGUUGGAAGCUGUGAGGAGUGCUAUGAAGUAUGAGUUUGAGAGAGAACCCACCGAAUGCGAUGACAUCCGUGGAAUAAUACAUGGAGAUUUCUGGGCUGGCAACGUUCUACUUCCAAAUAGUCCAUGUCAUGAGACAACAGCACCUCAAGAACCAAAUAAGCUCGCCAUAAUUGACUGGGAAAACGUCCAAUUUGGCCACCGCGCCGUGGAUAUCGGUGGCAUGCUCGCCGACCUUUACGAGCGCAAACACUUUAAGGACGUUGCUGCGAGUAUACCCAUCAUGCAGGGCUUCAUCGAGGGCUACGGUCCCCUGAGCGAAGAGCUGGCAUUUAGCACCGCCAUUCACGUCGGUGUGCAUCUUAUCUGCUGGUAUUACCGGCGGGAUCGGAAUGCUCCCUUGCCGUAUCCUUUACCAAAGGUGCUGGAUGUCUUGACUUUGGGAAGAGAUUUUAUUGUUAGGGGAUGGACAAAAGAUAAGACGUGGUUUGGGAGCUCUGUAUUGGCGCCAUUGUUCGCGUGUAAGUAA